AGAGUAGUUGAAUGAGAAGGUGUGUCCAGACUUUUCCCUGGUGCUGUAUGUCGGGCAUUGACGUUACUAUGUAACCGUGUAGUUCUAUUCCCACCUAAACAUCAUUGUGCGCAUGCGCGAAAGAGACCACAGCGCUAGACGUCUGUUUUACGGCAGUGUUGUUACCACGGUAUCACCUAAACAGCCAUUCACGUUACGUUAGCUCAUUGUAAGGAACUGAAGGUAACAUUUAGGCGUGUGUAUAAAACACAAUACAUCAUUUGGAAAGGAAUAUGUUUCCACGGUCCCGCUGUUAUGAUAAAGUGUAAUAAAUAACACUGGUUGGUGCAGUCAGAGCCGCCAUCUUUAGCGUUUUAAACAAAGCAAUACGCCACGAGGGGCCGUUAUGUACAUGGCUGCUGUGAGGCUCUGCGGUGCAGACUGACUGCGGUGUGUGCAGACAGAUCGCCAUCUUUUGGCGUUAAUCCCUUCUUUAAACCAACAGACAGUCUCUUCAAUACCAGCUGAUCAUGACUGUGGUAUAAUGACAAUAUAGCACCGGAACCUCACUACUUGAGCGGUAUCACUCCGCUUUGUUGACAUGGCCUCAUACUAACACCUGUGCUCGCCUCCUCUUGGUUGUAAAGCAGCUUCCUUUACAGCUGAUCAGGCUAACAGCUAACACUAUGCAUGCUCGAGAAAAACUGGAUUUGUUUGAGCCUGACAUGAAACCUAAUGAGGAGAUCAUUCUGAAAGAAGAGGAUAAGUCCCAAGAUGGGGAAGAGUGUGAGGUAAAUGCCACUGACAUUUCCAGACAUGCAAUGGUAUCUGACUUGGAACUGGAUGAAUUUGAGGACAGCAGGACCGAGAGUAAGCUUACAAAGAAGCAGACAUUAUGGGCAGUGAAUUGCUUCACUGGCUGGUUGGAGUCCCAGGGGCUCCAGGUGGAGCUGGCUACAGUGGAGAAGACUGAGCUGAACGGACUGCUGAGACAAUUUUAUGGAUCCGUACGAAACAGCAAAGGAGAACUGUAUGGGAUUGCUAGUUACAUUGCACUGAGAGCUGGACUCAACCGUUUCUUCAAAGAGCCUCCCGUCAACCGCCCUGUGAGCUUAAUGAAAGAUGCAGAGUUCAUCUCGGCCAACAAGGUAUUCUUGGGAGUGCUCAAGAAAAUUAGGAAGUCUGGUCGAGACAUAACAUCACACCAUCAGGCACUGUCUUCUGAUGAUAUCUGCAUCCUUAGACACUCCCGUGCGAUGGACACUGGCACUCCGAGGGGUCUUCUGAACAAAGUCUGGUUUGAUAUCCAGGUAUAUUUCGGGCGCAGAGGGAAGCAGGCCAACAGGAAUCUGAAGCCAGAUUCAUUUGUAAUCAGAAAAGACAAGAGAGGACUGAGAUACUGCACUUCAUUCUUUGGCGAUGAGACAAAGAAUCAUACCAAGAAGGACAGAUGCUCGAUGUUUGAGGCACCAGGCAGUGAAUUCUGUCCUAUUAAUGCUCUUUUAAAGUACCUCAGCAAGCUCCCACCCAACGCAACAGCCCUUUACUUGCAGCCUAAGAAGGAACUUGUAGAUGAAAUUUGGUACAGCCCCACCCCCUUAGGAGUCAAUUAUCUGGGCUCCAUGUUGUCUCGCAUGUCUGAAGAAGCCGGCACGUCAGUCAUCUAUACCAACCACUGCAUCAGAAGCACACCAUUUGACCAACUAUGUGGAGCAGGACUGGAUGGAAGAGAAUUUAUUCAUGUCAGCUUGCACAGGUCUGAAACCUCCCUUCAAAGUCACCAGAUGCCGUCCGCCGAGAGCCGCAAGCCACAGAGCAAGAUAUUGCAAAAAAGCAAUACAGCUGGCACAACAGGUUUGGAUUUAAACAAUGAAGAAUUCUUCGAGGAUGCUCCAAACACAAACUACGUCCCAGAUGCUGUUUUGCCGCCUGGAGAGCCAUGGCUACACGGCGGCCCCUCCCGGGCAGUGCUUUCCCUGCCCUCCUGCCUGUUCCUGUGCGGGGACGUUGGGUCUGGGAUGUCUGGUACUGGAUUUUCUGGCGAAGAACAGAUGGGAGAGACGAAAGUGUACGCCAAGUGUCACCUUCAGCAGGGUGUCAUGUUUGGGCCAUAUGUAGGAGAAAUGUGCAGAGGACAAAUGCCAACCAACCUCAAAUACGCCUGGGCUAUCAGGGAUGAUGCUGCUUUUAUCUACGUUGAUGCUUCUGAUGAAAGCAAAUCCAACUGGAUGAGGUAUGUAACAUACACGAGCAGCGAGGAAGACCACAACCUGGUCAUCUUCCAGUUCUACCGACACAUCUACUACAAGGUUUCACAGCCCAUUACAGAGGGGGCAGAGCUAAGGGUCUGGAUCGGCAGGGACUAUGCCACCUUGCUGGGCCUCGGUAUGGGUGACAAUAUGAAAUGUGAAGUUGGAGACAAAGAGACAGUCCUGCGCCUUUUGCAAGACAUCCAAUUGGUCACCCUACCCGAGCCCAGCAGCUCUUCCCUCUGGUCCGACCACAGCCAAUCACAGAGCCCCAUGCUUGUCAUCAGUGACGUGACGACAAUGUCAAACCCAGACACAGCAAGUGAUUCAGGCAUGAUUUCCGGCUCUGCUUUCCCCUCCUCCCUGAUCUCUUUGCCGUCCCCGAGCUUUCAUCCAUUUGAAAAAUAUGAUUUUUUGCCUGGAACUGAGCGACUGCUGACUAACCCAAACGCCACACAGAACAGUCCGUGGUACUUCUUUGGGUUGGAGCCGGACCCCACUGGUCGGCCUCUGGACCGUUGCACUGCAGUGUGUAGGCUGUGUGGGGAACAUGUUGGCUGUGGAGGAGGAGCAGCGGAUCUCCAGAACCAUCUGACCGGCAGGCACCACAUCAAACCACCACGUGACAUUCACAAGGAUAGGAGUUGUCUGACAAUAGGUCACCAACGCUCACAGCCAGUGAUGGGUAACAGCGGUUUGAUCAGCACACUCCCCCUGGUAUACUCCGCUCAUGUGACCGAUGCCAUCACCAACUUUCUCAUCAUGGAUCUCCAGCCGCCAGCUCUAGUAGAAGGGGACGGCUUCAAACAGCUAAUCCACACCCUCCUGCCCUCCUUCAAGGAGCUGCCUUCACCUUGGCAGCUCGAGAACCUCCUGAAAGAACAUCACACCCAAGGCAAGUCAAGCCUGGCUCAGCUGCUGAGGAAGGAAAUAGCAAGCAGCAGUAACGAGGAUAUAUCUGACUACACUGCUCCCAUGGAGUUUGAGUCCAGGAGACGUGGGCGACCUCCCAGCCAUCAGAAGGAAGUACCUCACUUUGUCACUUUGAGUGUGGAUGUUUGGUUUCACAACUGGCAGGGCAACACUGAAAGGUACCUCACCCUCUGGGCACAUUACAUUGACUGCAAUUUUAGUUUUCAGAACCUGGAACUGGCAACCCAAAGACUGUCAGAGGGUGGUGCGAAACACUACAGCCUUCAAGCAUUGGAGGCUCAAGUAAAAGUGAUGGCCCAGGACUGGGGACUCUCAAUGCCUAAUCUGAUUUUGCUGGGAGGUGAGGUAAAGAACAAGAUGAGGCCGGGGCCAAUUAAGAGUGGCAAAGGUGGAGAGGCUGCAGGAAGCGUUCCUCAUCCUAACUCAACAACGUUUCUUGAGAAGGAGGACGCCGUCUCAUCUGAGGAACCACAUGGCUUGGAGCAUGGCCAUUCUAGUGAUGGACUACCAUUUGUGCCAUGUUUCUUCAGCGCUGUGCAAGGCUGCAUUGAAGAAGUGAUGUCACACUCUGUCAUCUCCAAGACCCUCGGCCAAUUCCAGGGUGUUCUCGCAACCCUGUUCCUGCCACCUGCUCAAAACAAAGGCUUGUAUCAGCACCACGCCCAGAGUCUGUUGCAGACCCUGAAGAAACAAGAGCAGGCAGAGCUGACGUUGUGGGCUCACAGCUGGCCGACGUGGAAUAAGCUGUACCCUCUACUGAGCAUACUCAUCAAACAUAAAAGCCUUUUCUGUGAAAUGCUAAAAGAGAUUAAAAGUGAUGGCUUGUCUAAAGAAGACACUUGUUCAGAGUCCAGUUCAUCAGGCAGCUGCCACGCUAACUCCACCUCCAACACAUCCUCAACAAGCUUCACGACUUUGCGAUCUGAAUGGAAAGUUGUGGAGGAGCUGUGUUUAGUCCUCAAGCCUCUGGACGUGGCCUGUCGAACUCUUGCCAAGGAGCCGUUUCCCCGUCUGUCCCUAGUCAAACCCAUUCUCACAGGCCUGCUCUCCCGCCACCUCGUGCUGCGGAUGGGUGAUUCGUCAUCCAUCUUGAAGGAAGUGAAGAGGAUGAUGAGGCGGAACUUAGCGAGCUGUUACGAAAACCCUGUCGUCAACAGAGUUCUGUGUGUCGCAUGUUCCCUCGACCCCCAGUUCCAUGGGCUGGGCUUCAUGGAGAACAAGGAACAGAAAGCCACUUUUGAAUGGCUGAAGAAAGAGGCCGUCAGGAUUGUGAAGGAGGACGGGAGGAGAAGUCAAUGUCAGAAGCAAAGCCAGCGCAAGAGAAGCCCCUCACCUGGGUCACCAGAGUCAGAGAGUGACUUCCUACGUAGGAGCAAGCGACUAAGAGUAUCCCGCCCAAUAAACUUCAGAGAGCUAGAUGAUGCAGAUGAAGAGAGUGAUGCAGGGGAGGCUGAUGAAAGCGAGUUGGCAGAUCCAGGCCCUCAGGGAGGACUCUCUGGUAUGGAGUUCCUCCUGGGAGACCUCUUCUGCUCUGCCCCCAAGAGCAGGCAGAGCUCCGUGGAGGAGUCUGUGGACAUGGAGAUAUCUGUCUUCAGAGCCGGAAUGGGGGCUUCGCUGGGAGUGGAGCCCCUGCAGUGGUGGAGGACCAAGGCAGUGCAGUUUCCACUGUUGGCCACAGUGGCACGGGCCUACCUGGCCGCCCCGGCAAUGGCAGGAAGCGCUGCACAGGACUUUGUGCAGGAAGGAGCGGUAGCCGCGUACAGGAAGAGAGCCAACAUUCCCCCAGAAAGUUUGGACUCUAUCUUGUUUCUGCACUACAACCACAUGCCCACCACUGAGAGCGGGCAAAAAGCAGUUAGGAAUGACGACAAAAACGGUGGGAUAUAAAAGGUCCCUUUAACACACAAACCACAUUCAUUCCUUUUUUUUAAUAAGCUUUGAAUUUAACCCUCUCGACUACGUGUAUAACAUUUAUCCUCUUUGUCCAGCAAAGGUUUUAACAUUUAACUAAAGAGAAGAAAGAAAGACAUUUUUUGACUGAUCUUCUGAUCGCCUUCUUAACUUUUUUUAUAUAAUGUAUGAAGUACCUUGUAGUGCCUAGUGCCUUACCUCUUUUGGAAACAAUUAUGACCAAAUGCUAAUUUCUAACAUAAAGCUGUGAUUUGGAGUGUGUAGAUUGUUUGUCAAAACAUAAAAUAAGACCUCCAAGGUAGCAUUGUGCAAAACUGCUACCAUGUGUCAUUGCUUUAGGCUUGUUUUUUGUUUUAUGAAUCAGUAUAUUAUGAAAGAAGACUCCAAAGAAUGAAUAUAAGCUUACUUAAUGCUUCUUGUUUCAAACAUGAGUUUCUUUUACACUUUUACAAUUUUAGAGAGACAUUGGUUACUUUGUGUUACUGCUGUAAUUCGGAAUGUAAUCUGUUUUAUGUUUAAUGUAGUCUGACUCACCAAAUGUGGACUUUGGGCAGUGUUGGGAAGGUUACUUCUGAAAAGUAAUAGGUUACAGAUUACUAAUUACCCUGCUGAAAAUGUAAUAAGUAAUGUCACUAUUUUAAUUACUUCAUGAAAGACAGGAUCAUUAUUAUGUUUGAUUUAUUUUCUAACGAAUGUUUUAAAGUGGGAAAUGAACCUAAAAAAGUCCUAAAACAUAAACUUAAACCAGGCAAUGGGAACCUCACAACAGUACUCAACACUGAUUACUGUGAAACCUUUAAUCAAAAGUUAUUCAGAAUAACAUGAAUUGAGAGUGAAACAUGGCUACAGCAUGAAUGUUACAUUCUACAUGAGCUUUUUUAUCGGAAAUAAUGUAUUUGAGUGUAACCCCUUCUUAAUCACCAUCCUUUUAUUAGUAAUCAUUCUCCUCCCCCUAAGCUAUCUUUUUGUUUUAAGGGCAACGUCACUGCAUCCUGUGCUUAGCGGUGCCCAAGAGGACGGUGAAAAAACUUAGCUUAAACAUAGUAUGAUAUAUUUAUCAGCAAUACACUGUAAACACAAUGUCUGUACUGCUGUAGACUGUGAUGUUCUUGAAGUCUUUGGAUAUUUCAUCUACGUGCAGAAAACCUUUUUUGUUUUAGGUGUCUCACUGUGUCCCAUACUUAAAAAAUACAAUAUAUUAUCAUAUGAAUCAUGAAUAAAAGAAUAAAAAACACA